AUGUACGACCUCAUACGAGAUUCCAGCUUCGGGCAGAUUGUCCGAUAUAUGACAAAAAAUAAAUACCUACAGUAUAGUGAAGAGAAGGAAGGGUUUCAACAUCCUCAUUAUUUCCAGGAGACGGAGAAACCAGAAACAAGAUGUCUACCAACCUCUCCACCAGAGGUGGAUGGCCAUUGCGGCACACCUCAACAUCUUUCGACCAUCGCCACCACAAAUAACGAAGCCGAUCGGGGUUGCAACCAUCUGCGCCCAACUGAGAUAGAUACUGAAAGUGAGGAUUUGGAGGAUGCAUUGGAGACGAACCCAAUCAAGCGACUUGUUACUCAGCAAAGUCUGCACACUCUGGAAAAGGAGCGUACUCUAGUCAUCGAGCCUAUUAAAACUGCACAAGGUGUAAUACUAGUAGACUGGUACACAACAGACGAUCCAGACAACCCUCAGAACUGGGGCAGGGGAAAGAAAGCAUUUGUGGCAUUUUUAAUUUGCAUUUAUUCAUUUGCCGUCUACCUUGGCUCUUCCAUUUAUAUCGGUGGAGUCCCUCAGAUCAUUGAGAAAUUUGGCGUCAGCAUUGAGGCAGCCUCUCUAGGUCUCGCACUAUAUGUUCUUGCAUAUGGAGCCGGUGCGAUGGUCUUCUCCCCCAUCAGCGAGAUUCCAGCCGUGGGUCGAAACCCGCCCUAUGUGAUCACGGUCAUCAUAUUUGCGGUACUAUGGAUACCGACCGCCCUAGUAGAUAACUUCGGCGGCCUUCUAGUCCUCCGAUUCCUGACUGGCUUCUUCGGAUCUCCAUGUCUUGCUACUGGAGGAGCAACAUUUGGAGAUAUUUUCCCACUCAUUCAAGUCCCAUAUUUACUUGUCAUCUGGGGAGGCGCUACUGUCCUCGCGCCUGCGUUAGGCCCCAUCAUUGGGAACUUCAGCGCUACUGCUGAGAAUUGGCGUUGGGUUUCAUGGAUUAUGCUGUGGCUCAGCGGGCCAAUCUCUGGCCUUCUACUUUUUUCCUUGCCAGAGACAUCAUCCUCGACGAUCCUCUAUUAUCGUGCAAGACGGCUGCGAAAGCUGACUGGAAAUGCUGCAUUCAAAUCCCAAGCUGAAAUCGACCAAGCCGAACUCACUACUCGCCAGAUCGUCUAUAAUGCUUUAAUUAAGCCGACCGAGAUCAACAUUCUAGAUCCAGCUGUGCUCUACUCAACAAUCUAUACGAGUCUCGUCUAUGGUAUCUUUUACUCAUUCUUCGAAUCAUUCCCACUUGUAUAUCAAGGCAUUUAUGGAUUCAGUUUCAGGGUUUCUAGCUUGCCAUUUAUUGGCGUGCUUGCCGGCUUGGCCGCCGCAGGAGGUCUUGUGAUCUUUCACUGGCAUUUUUUUGUGGUGAAGCCCGUCAUGCGCCUUGGGGUUUCCGCGCUAGGGGAACCUGAAAAGCGAUUAGUACCUGCUUUAUUCGCUUGUUUUUGGUUACCAAUCGGGCUAUUCAUCUUCGGAUGGACAGCUCGUCCCAGCAUCCAUUGGAUUGCAACUAUCGUAGGGCUAUCUCUCAGUAUUGUUGGGACAUUUACAAUCAUAGUCUGCAUGCUCCUAUACUUGGCAUUCACCUAUCCAAAGUAUGCAGCGUCUUUGUUUGCUGCAAACGAUUUUGCGCGGUCGAGUCUCGCAGCCGGAGCUAUCAUGUUCUCUAGACCCAUGUUCAUCAAUCUUGGUAUCCACUGGGGGGUAAGUCUACUGGGAUUCCUUGUCCUUAUCUGCUGCGUCCUUCUCUUCUGUCUUUGGAAUUGGGGUUCGAUGCUUCGCGCCCGAAGUCGUUUUGCAGUGAGCUGA